CAUGGAGGGGGUCGCGGCGGGCAGCACGGGCGCCGCUAAGGCUGAGGGAGCCACCGCGACGCCGCCCCCGCCUCCCGCCUCCCCGCCGGCCCUCACCCCGGCGCCCGCCGUCGACGAGGAGGGCCCCCCGCCUUUGCCCGAGGCGGGGGCUCCCGGCUGUUCGGGCUCCCGGCCCCCUGAGCUGGAGCCAGAGCGCGGCCUGGGUCGCUUGAGAGGCGGCUUCGAGGACGAGGACGAGGAGCUGGAGGAGGAUGAGGAGCUGGAAGAGGAAGAGGAGGAGGAGGAGGAAGAGAUGGGCCACUUCUCGCUGAGGCUGGAGGGCCGGCCGGACUCGGAGGAUGAGGAGGAGCGCCUGAUUAACCUCUCUGAGCUGACCCCAUACAUCUUGUGUUCCAUUUGCAAGGGUUACUUGAUAGAUGCAACUACCAUUACAGAAUGUCUUCAUACCUUUUGUAAAAGCUGCAUUGUAAGACAUUUUUACUAUAGCAACAGAUGUCCAAAAUGCAACAUAGUAGUACAUCAGACACAACCUCUAUAUAACAUAAGGUUGGACCGACAGUUACAAGACAUAGUAUACAAAUUAGUGAUCAAUCUAGAGGAAAGAGAAAAAAAGCAAAUGCAUGAUUUCUAUGAAGAAAGAGGUCUAGAAGUGCCUAAACCUGCUGUUCCACAGCCAGUUCCUUCGAGCAAAGGAAGAUCUAAGAAACCCCUGGAAUCAGUGUUUCGUAUUCCACCCGAACUUGACAUGUCUUUAUUACUGGAGUUCAUUGGUGCUAAUGAAGGCACGGGACAUUUUAAGCCAUUGGAAAAGAAGUUUGUCCGAGUUUCAGGAGAAGCAACUAUUGGGCAUGUGGAAAAAUUCCUCAGAAGAAAAAUGGGCCUUGAUCCAGCUUGUCAGGUAGAUAUCAUCUGUGGUGAUCACCUGUUGGAGCAGUAUCAAACUUUAAGGGAAAUCAGACGUGCAAUAGGUGAUGCAGCAAUGCAGGAUGGUCUGCUUGUCCUUCAUUAUGGUCUUGUGGUUUCUCCUCUGAAAAUAACUUGAAGAUUCUAAAGUAUUAUGAGGGGAAACAAAGUGAGGAGGCUUCUGCAGGACUGCAUCUCACCAAAGAUUUCUACGAAAUGUAAUUGCUACCACUUUGUGCUAUUUGAGUUACAAUUUAUCUAUUUUCAGCACCAAGAACCAUAGCAUUUGUAAGUAAAACUUAGAAUGAUGGAAUGCACUAUUUUACUAGCGACUGUGUAUAAAAACCAUCCAUAGCUCAGGGGGAAUAUUCCAAAACAUUGAAUUUUAAAAUUCCUUUUGAUUUAAAAUACUUUGACAUUGAUUUUGCUUCCUUAUCUCUGAAGCAAAUCAGUUACUUUGUUCUUCAUUGAGCCAUAUCCCUUUCAAGUUGGUGGUUGGGAUUCUGCUCUCAGGGGUGGCAUCAGUUGGUCAGUUACCUUUUAGAAAAGAAGUAUGCUUUUGAACUGAAGAUACAAAACCAGUCUUUACUAAAUUGCAGGGUGUGCUCUCAGACAAAGACCGAAACUGUCAGCCACUUUUGCAGGUUGCCAUCAUAUUUCCAACUUUUUUUUUUUUUUUAAAUAGCAACACUACUAAAGGGACAUUACUCAAUUCUAAAAUGAACGAAUUAGCAUCUUUUUGUGUGAAGAGACCGUCUCCUGCAGGGUUUUUGGCCCAUAUGAUAAGCCUUCAGUGUAAUAAGGCUUCUUUAAUAUAUUCUACAGCAAGGUGACUCUUUGCUACAAUUUGUUAAUUUGGUUACCGUUUAUUUUAUUUGACUGCAUACCAUGGUUGUUCAUCCCUUGUAAUGGCAUGGCUUCUGAAAGCAAUAAAAAAUUCUGGGUGAAUUUGAGAAGUCUAUAGAAUAUGUGCUCAUUCAUUGUUUCCUCAUGAAAUCAGUUUAAUGAUCAUUUUCCCAUUAUUGUUUUCAAUGGUUUAUAGGAUAAAGGUGUUUGUGAGCCCACUCACUUGCAUGCAGACUUCAGUUUUAAACAUUAUUUUGCCCAAAAUAAUUGUGAUGCUUUCUAAAAGAAAUAUUUUGUAGACUGUUUUCACAGCAAAUUUCCAAGCCUAUAUAGACAGAAAUGAUUAUGAAAUUGGACAAGGAUUGGCAAUUGUUUUAUAAAGAAUUUGUUAAAUGUGUAUAAAUCUAUUCUAACAUAUAAAUAAAAAAUUAUUUUAACCUAUUUUGAAAUGUUAGUGUUUACUAUGAACUUUUUUAAAAUAACCAAAGCCCUUUAAAAGACAGGGUGUCUGAAUCAAAGUUAAACUUUACCACCAAAUAGAUAUUUAAUAAGCAUCUUUACCUUCAUUGAUUGUACUGGAUG